GGAGCGGAGCGGAGAGGGAGUGCGCCCGCCCCAGCCCCGAGUCCCGCCGCCCGCCCUCCCGCCGCAGCGCCGGCCCAGCGGCCGCCGCCCCAGCCAUGGAGCAAGACAACAGCCCGCGGAAGAUCCAGUUUACGGUCCCGCUGCUGGAGCCGCACCUUGACCCCGAGGCGGCGGAGCAGAUCCGGAGGCGCCGCCCCACCCCUGCCACCCUCGUGCUGACCAGCGACCAGUCCUCCCCAGAGAUAGAUGAAGACCGGAUCCCCAACCCGCUUCUCAAGUCCACGUUGGCCAUGUCUCCACGGCAACGGAAGAAGGUGACGAGGACCACACCCACGAUGAAAGAGCUCCAGAUGAUGGUUGAACAUCACCUGGGGCAACAGCAGCAGGGAGAGGAACCUGAGGGAGCCGCUGAGAGCACAGGGGCCCAGGAGCCCUGCCCACCUGGGAUCACAGACACAGAAGCGGAGUUAAGGCUGGGCACGUCUGGGAAAGCACAAAAGCCUGCAGAACCCGUCCCUAAAGCUCAGGAGAGGGGCAGUGAGAAACCCAGCACAGAGGAGCCCCCAACCCAUAUACCACCACUGGAUUCCCAGGGAGCCAACUCGGUCUGAGAGUGAAGGAGGUAUCCUGGAAUGGAGACUGCAGUUGGGAAUGCAUGGACACUGGAUGUUUCUUAUUCUUCACUUUUAGGGAAAAAUCUCUUGUUUUUAAAAAGUGAUAAAUUUGGUGUUAGGU